CGAUAAAGCAGCUGCCUGUUUCUUUUCCUGUGUGUUUCACGAGUGAGAGAGGCUCUCCGCCGAAAACACAUAAUAAAUCGCAGAAAUGGUGCGAAUGAACGUACUGAGUGAUGCACUCAAAUCCAUCAACAAUGCCGAAAAACGUGGCAAGAGACAGGUUCUCAUCAGGCCGUGCUCCAAAGUAAUUAUUAAAUUCUUAACUGUGAUGAUGAAGCACGGUUACAUUGGUGAGUUUGAAAUAGUCGAUGACCACAGAAGCGGGAAGAUUGUUGUGAAUUUGACCGGGCGUUUAAAUAAGUGUGGCGUGAUUUCGCCAAGAUUCGACGUUCCAAUUACGCAUAUAGAAAAGUGGACUAACAACCUGUUACCUUCACGGCAGUUUGGAUAUGUUGUAUUGACCACAAGUGGUGGUAUUAUGGACCAUGAGGAAGCCAGAAGGAAACAUCUAGGAGGUAAAAUCCUUGGAUUCUUCUUCUAAGAUAAAGUUAUUUAAUAAAGGUUAAACUUUAUAAUAAA